UGAUAACAACACUGUCGUCAAUGUAAAAACCGUCACCUAGCAUUUAUUACUAGGGAGAUAAAAACUAUUCUCUACAUUGAUAGCUAGUUUACUGUAUUACACGAUGUAUUAGAUAUACCAGAAAUUUGUAGAUGUUCUUAAUUACGUUUUUUAUUUAUUUAAAAAAAACAUUUGGUUGAAAAAGCCAGGCGUUUUAAUCAACAAGAGUGUUCAGCUACCAUGGAUCAAUAUAGUAUUUUGGGUAGAAUAGGAGAAGGAGCCCAUGGCAUUGUUUUCAAAGCAAAACAUAUCGAGACUGGAGAGACUGUGGCUCUGAAGAAAGUAGCUCUGAGAAAGUUGGAGGAUGGGAUCCCCAACCAAGCCCUCAGAGAGAUCAAGGCUUUACAGGAGAUUGAAGACAACCAAUAUGUGGUGAAGCUCAAGAACGUGUUUCCCCAUGGUACAGGGUUCGUCUUGGUGUUUGAGUACAUGCUCUCUGACCUCUCUGAGGUCAUCAGGAACUCUCAGAGGCCUCUCACCGAGGCACAUGUCAAAGGUUACAUGAUGAUGCUGCUGAAAGGGGUUGCCUUCUGCCACGAGAACUCCAUCAUGCACAGAGAUCUGAAACCAGCCAACCUGCUCAUCAGCUCUACAGGUCAUCUGAAGAUAGCAGACUUUGGCCUGGCCAGACUUUUCAACAACGACGGAGAGCAUCUCUACAGCCAUCAGGUGGCCACCAGGUGGUAUCGAGCACCAGAACUGCUCUAUGGGGCAAGAAAAUACGACGAAGGUGUAGAUCUCUGGGCAGUAGGAUGUAUCUUUGGGGAACUUCUGAAUAACUCCCCUCUGUUCCCUGGAGAGAAUGACAUAGAACAGUUGUGCUGUGUUCUCCGCGUCCUGGGGACACCUAACCAGCGCAUGUGGCCGGAGAUCACAGAGCUGCCUGACUACAAUAAGAUCACUUUUAAGGAGAACCCUGCCAUCCCUCUUGAGGAGAUAGUACCUGAUACCUCACCUCAGGCUGUGGACCUGCUCAACAAGUUCCUGGUCUACCCCUCUAAACAGAGGAUCAGCGCCAGACAGUCUCUCUCUCUCUCAACUCUCUCUCUCAACUCUCUUUCUCUCUCUGUCGGUCUCUCUCUCUCUCUCAACUCUCUUUCUCUCUCUGUCGGUCUCUCUGUCGGUCUCUCUCUCUGUCGGUCUCUCUCUCUGUCUGUCUCUCUCUGUCGGUCUCUCUCUCUCUCAACUCUCUUUCUCUCUGUCUCUCUCUCUCUCUCUCUCUGUCGGUCUCUCUCUCUGUCGGUCUCUCUCUCUCUCUCAACUUUCUUUCUCUCUCUGUCGGUCUCUCUCUCUGUCGGUCUCUCUCUGUCGGUCUCUCUCUCUGUCGGUCUCUCUCUCUGUCUGUCUCUCUCUGUCGGUCUCUCUCUCUGUCGGUCUCUCUCUCUCAACUCUCUUUCUCUCUGUCUCUCUCUCUCUCUCUCUGUCGGUCUCUCUCUCUGUCGGUCUCUCUCUCUCUCUCAACUCUCUGUCUGUCUCUCUGUCUCUCUCUCUCUCUCUCUCUCAACUCUCUUUCUCUCUCUGUCUCUGUCUCUCUCUCUCUCUGUCUGUCUGUCUCUCUCUCUCAGGCCCUGCUCCAUCCCUAUUUGUUCUCUGAGCCGCUGCCGGCCCACCACUCGGAGCUGCCUAUCCCCCAGCACGGAGGGAAACAUUCCCGUCAGCGACUCCAGCCUCCUGUCGAAUUCUCUGUAGAUCUGCCCCUGUCAGAGAGCCUGGUGGACCCUGCUUUGGUCCAGGGACAUGCCUGGUGUCUAUGAUUGACUGGCCCCCAAUGCUUUUCAUAGCCUGGUUGAGAGUAGCACUUAGGUUGGUUUAAUCAGGUUUUUAUGUUUGACUGUCAGAGCCUAGUGGACCCUGCACGGGUACACGGUGUGUAUGACUGUUCUUCAUGUUCAUCCCAGGCUGCUUAAACCAGGGGUGUAUUCACUAAGAAAACCAACCGGGACCAAACGGAACGGAACCAACCGGGACCAAACGGAACCAACCGGGACCAAACGGAACCAACCGGGACCAAACGGAACCAAACGGGACCAAACGGGACCAACCGGAACCAAACGGGACCAAACGGAACCAAACAGAAUUUGUCCAAUAGAAAACACUUGUUCUCGUUGCAAAUCGUUUUCCAUUGCAAAACUGUUUUUGCAACGGCGUGUGACUAAUGAAUACAUCCCAGAAUGUAGCCUGGUGGAUCCUGCUCUGGUCUAAGGACCCGCCUAUGACCCACUGUUCAUCCUCGUUUUGAGUCAUCCAUCCUAGCCUGAGUUCCUGAUCUGUUUGUGCUGUCUUGCCAUCUCCAUUUGCUGUCAUUGUUAUGGAAGUUGGGAGUUGGCAAGACAGCACAAACAGAUCAGGAACUCAGGCUAUGUUAACUGCACCAUAGAAUAUUGAUAUUGGUAUGUAGAUAAUGCAUGGCUGUGAUGUAGAAAGCCAUGUCAUUUUCUUAAUUUGUGUGUUUGUUGUUCUGCACGUUUCAGUUGUGUGUGUGUGUGUGACAGUAUGGACAGCCUAGCUGACUCAUGGUGCUCAUUGUCGUAGCGUUGACUAUCAUUAAAUAUGAAGACUAUACAUUAUCAAA